AAAAGCUUGAACACAUGUUUCAAUUUGUAAAGUUAUUAUAAUUUCUACCAAGUAUUGAAAAUAAACACAGAAAAAAAUAAGUUUCUAUAUGGCUUCCAAAAGAAGAUUGCAGAAAGAAGUAAUGGAUAUUAAAUCUUCAAAUACAAAACAGUUUCAGGACAUUGAAAUGGACGAGAUGAAUAUGUCUUCACUGCAAGGUCUGUUCAUUCCGGUCAUUCCGGCCACUCAUCCAUUCAACUUGGCAGCUUUUCGGAUUGAGAUAACGUUUCCAGCUGAGUAUCCUUUUAAGCCUCCGCAAUUAAUUUUCAAGACGAAAAUCUAUCACCCAAAUGUCGAUGAGAACGGCAACGUGUGUUUGUCGAUUAUAAGGCUGACAGACAACUGGAAGCCGGCCACCAGAUUGUCGCAGAUCAUCACUCAGUCGUCGGUCGCUCUUAUUGACAACCCUGAUGCAGAGCACUCUACAUUAAAUGAAGACUACAUCAAAGACCGCAACAAGUCGGAUGCCGAACAAUUCACCAAAAAUCUCAGUGAAAAAUUGCCGUCGAAUUAAGAAGUUUGGUUUAGUUUCUAGUUUAUGUAAGUGCUGAAUCAAACAUACCGUUCUUGAUAAUGACCGUUUUUGUACAUCAAAAGCCUAACUUAUAAAGUAUCCAAGAGAUGUUUCAGUGUUAACAAAAUACUUUAUCAAGAGCUAAAAUACGUAGGCCUAAUCUACAAAGAAUUGAUAAAUAUAUUUGUCCUGAUAAGCUAAGUAGCCUAUUGUGUUUUGUAUUUGAAAAAAUA